ACUGUGCAAUUUUAAUUUUAAUUUUUUAAAACAAAACACGACCCCUCUCUUCAAUAGUCGGCGUCACGAGCCCUAAUCCAGUCCCGCUGCAACAACACACUCACACCACGAACACCGGCGGAAGCCGUUCGAGCCCAUUUUAGUCCGUUCCGUCUGAUAAAUCGCCGCCGCGGUGCACGAAAGCGGCAUAUAUUGCCGCUCCGGCGGAUUAAUCGCCGCUGUUAGAUUCUAGAACACGCCAGCCGCUGUAUGCCAGAACUUUGUCGCGGUGGCAGCCGUUCCGGUUCACUAACCCCGUUCCGGCCGAUGUAGCGGCGUUCCGGCGAAGUAUGAGCUGAGCUGAGUUGAUAUUCAAAUGGCGAAGGCCAAAAAGGCAAAGAAUGAUGAUCAGAGAGCUGGAGACAAUGGUAACUCAGAGGCAGUUGUCAAGCAUCAGAAACUCUGCCUCUCUAUUGACAUGGACAACCGUCGAAUUUUCGGGUAUACAGAACUGCAGAUAGUUGUACCGGACAAUGGAAUUGUGGGUUUGCAUGCGGAUAAUUUGGUCAUUGAGAAGGUUACAGUUGAUGGGGAGCCAGCAGAAUUUGAAGUUUUCCCACAUUAUCAGCAUCUGGACCCAAAGGAUAGAUGGUCUGUGGUCUCAUCAACCACUUCAGCUGCUGAUGCUUCUGGGUCUGUGUACUUGUCAUCUCUUGAGAUUGAAUUACUUCCGAAUUUGCUGAUAAUGUGUAGCAAGAUGACUAAAACCAACAACGUACAAGAAGAAUUUACGCAGACUAACAAUGGGGAACAAUUACCUGCUGAUGCUACCAGGUGGCUGCAGAAUGUGAAACUCAUACGUAUUGAGUAUUGGGUUGAGAAGGCAGAAACAGGGUUUCAUUUUAACGACACUGUCUUGCAUACGGAUAACCAGUUGCGGCGUGCAAGGUGCUGGUUUCCUUGUUUGGAUGACAAUUUGCAGAGCUGCUGCUACGACCUGGAAUUUACUGUUGCCAGUAACCUUGUGGCAGUUAGCUCUGGGACCUUACUUCAUCAGGUUUUAACCAAGGAUGAUCCUCCACAGAAGACAUAUGUUUAUAAGUUAGAUGUUCCUGUUGCUGCUCAGUGGAUAUUUCUGGCAGUUGCACCAUUUGAAAUUCUUCCUGAUCGGCAUGGUGGUCUGCUAUCACAUUUUUCUCUACCUUCUGACUCGUCAAAGCUGCAGAAUACAGUUAUAUUUUUCCAUAAUGCUUUUAGUUACUAUGAGGAUUACCUCUCUGCGUCAUUUCCAUUUGGAUCAUACAAGCAAGUGUUUAUUGCUCCCGAGAUGACUCUAUCCUCGUGUAGUUCAGGCGCUUCUAUAAGUAUCUUCAGUUCUCAUCUUCUGUUCGAUGAGAAAGUGAUCGAUCAGACUAUAGAGACAAGGAUUAAACUUGCUUAUGCUCUUGCGAGACAGUGGUUUGGAGUAUACAUCACUCCUGAAGCUCCAAAUGAUGAGUGGCUGUUGGAUGGUCUUGCCGGCUUUCUUACUGAUUCUUUUAUUAAGAGGUUCCUGGGAAACAAUGAAGCACGCUAUAGAAGAUACAAGGCUAAUUGUGCUGUUUGCCAAGCAGAUGAUAGUGGUGCAACUGCCUUGAGCUCUACUCUUGCGUCUAAGGACUUGUAUGGAACCCAAUAUAUUGGAUUUUAUGGAAAAAUAAGAUCAUGGAAAUCUGUUGCUGUUCUUCAAAUGUUGGAAAAACAGAUGGGUCCCGAGUCCUUCCGUAAAAUUCUACAAAAUAUUGUUUUGAGGGCUCGAAAUGAUGGUCGUUCUUUGAGAACUCUGAGCACCAAAGAGUUCCGACACUUCGCUAAUAAAAUUGGAAAUCUUGAGCGUCCAUUUCUUAAAGAAUUUUUUCCUCGCUGGGUUGAAUCUUGUGGUUGUCCGGUGCUGAAGAUGGGAUUUUCUUAUAACAAAAGGAAAAAUAUGUUAGAAAUAGCUGUACUGCGGGGAUGUACGUCUAGACCUGAUUCAUUGGUCGGCGUUGAUAACGUCAAUCUUGAUUCUGAAAAUCGAGAAGGAGGUGUUGGGUGGCCUGGGAUGAUGAGUAUACGGGUUCAUGAGCUCGAUGGCAUGUAUGAUCAUCCAAUUCUACCAAUGGCUGGUGAACCAUGGCAAUUGCUGGAAAUUCAGUGUCACUCCAAACUUGCUGCGAAGCGCUUCCAGAAACCCAAGAAGGGCACAAAGAACGAUGGUUCCGAUGACAAUGGUGAUGCUGUGACCACAACAGAUGUGCGAUUAAAUUCCGAGUCCCCCCUACUGUGGCUCCGCGCGGAUCCAGAAAUGGAGUAUCUUGCCGAAGUACAUUCUAACCAACCUGUGCAAAUGUGGAUAAAUCAGUUGGAGAAGGACAAAGAUGUUGUUGCUCAGGCACAAGCUAUAUCUGUAUUAGAGGCACUGCCUCAACUUUCAUUUUCUGUUGUUAAUGCUCUGAAUAAUUUUCUCAGUGACUCCAAGGCUUUCUGGAGAGUGCGAAUACAGGCUGCAUACGCAUUGGCUACUACCACAUCUGAGGACACUGACUGGAUUGGCUUACUCCAUCUGAUCAACUUCUACAAAAGUCGGAGAUUUGAUCCAAACAUCGGGCUUCCCAGGCCAAAUGACUUUCAUGAUUUCCAGGAGUACUUUGUACUUGAGGCAAUACCACAUGCCAUAGCCAUGAUCAAAUCUUCAGACAAGAAAAGCCCUAGAGAAGCUGUUGAGUUCAUUUUGCAACUUCUGAAGUACAAUGAUAACAAUGGAAACACAUACUCGGAUGUCUUCUGGGUAGCUGCAUUGGUCCAGUCUGUCGGUGAACUUGAAUUUGGGCAGCAGAGUAUUGCCUACUUGCCAUCACUUCUGAAGCGGCUUGAUCGUCUUCUUCAAUUCGACAGGUUAAUGCCGAGCCACAACGGGAUUUUGACAAUCAGCUGUAUCGAAUCGCUGACUCAAAUGGCACUCAAACUAUCAGAAUUCAUAGCUCUUGAUAGUGUCAUUGAGCUUAUCAAACCAUAUCAGCUAUCAAGGACAUGGAAAAUUCGAGUUGCUGCAAAUAGAGCCCUUCUUGAACUUGAAUUUCAGUGUAAAGGAACAGAUGCAGCGUUGACUCUGUUCAUCAGAUACACUAACGAAGAGACCUCUCUGCGAGGACAAAAUAAAUUAGGAGUAUGUGCUUUGCGGCUAUCUCAGCUGACUGGUCCAUCCGGUUACGACAAUGAUGUGAAGAGUGACACGCUUGUUGCCCUUUUACGCUUGCUUGAGAGCCCACUGGCUUUUAACAAUGUUACGCUUCGUCACUACAUCUUCUGCAUUUUGCAGGUUCUUGCCAGAAGGGCUCCAACACUUUACGGGGUUCCAAGAGACGAGACAUUGAGGAUGGGACACACGAAGACAUGCAGUGAACUUAAAAACAUUUUUGCCGCUCUUAUUAACCAUUCCAAGAUUCCGGAGCCUUCUUCUUGUGCACCAGACCUUCCACACAAUCUCCUGGUUCCAGAAGGCCAUACGGAGGCAGAUGCUUUUCUUGAAAAUCAUGAAUUGAGUAAUGCAGUAUUGACAACAACAACUGCACCUGAUAAUACACCUUUGAUUCUAGCUACUCAACCGCUUGUACAUGCCCCUGAUGACGUUCCUGAGUUAGGGAACUCAGUGCCAUAUUUUCCUGAAGAUGAUCGGUUAUUGACGCCAAAACUGCAAAUGCCUGUUGAAGUUCAUGAGCCAAUUCGUACCAACUCUUUAGGUGAAGCUUCGGUUGAUGCAGAAACUUCCAGAAAAACAGACAGUUUGUUUAUCACUAGUCAGGAAACUGAAACGGUGUUUGGCCCUCCUGUACAUGAUAGUUUGGUCAAAGAGGAAGCCAUCAAAAUACCCGAAACUGUUGCCAACAGUAGUCAUGAACUCAAGAAGCCAAAGCUAAAGAUAAGGGUCAAACAGUCAGCUGCUAACAAUCGAGCCGAAGAUCCUCCUAAAUCAUCUACUCAGGCUGAGGAUCCUGAUAAAACCAGAAUCUUGAGCACUAGAGAUGCCGAUAAUGGAGCAACGAGUUCAGUAUCCGUGGAUGCUCCUCACAGAAAUCUCGCCGAGACUGUCAGCACUGGUCAUCACAACUUUGAGGAUUUCAAUUCGUGCCAAGAUGAAGUUGGCUCCAGAGUAACCGUCAGUAUAGGCAGUGCUAAGCCCACAAUUGACGGUGAAGAACUGGGGAAGGAAUUGCAGUGCACUGCAGAUUCAAGCAAAGUCUCUUCACCACCGCUUCCACCCGAUGUUGAUUUACCUAUCGACAACGUGAAAACUGAUAUUGAAGGCCCAUCGGGGCCCACAGAGCAGGAUGGUUCUGGCAAAGACAAGGAAAAGAGAAAAGACAAGGAGAAAAAGGAAAAGAAGAAAGAUAAAGACAAGGAAAAGAAGAAAGAUAAGGAGAAGAAGCGAAAAAAGAACGGCCACAGUGAUGAUCCGGAGCGCGCGGAAAUGAAACGGAGAAAGAAGGAAAAGAAGGAAAAGAAGCGAAAGGAGAAAGAGUUGGCGAAAAUCCUUGCCGAUGAACCGAAAACUGUGCCUUCGAUCAAUUUGCCAAGUCAUGAAAAGACAGUGGAAGGUGUACUCGAACCUGAAACUAGACAAGAUAUUGUUGGUGGGGAAAGAGCUGCUUCUGCUGCUUCUGCAAAGGAAUCUUCACAAAAGAUAAAUGAUUCUGAAAGUAAUGUCUCAAAUAUACAACCCAAACAAGGUGAGGUGAAUGCGGUUGUUCCCAGAACUGAUGGCAGUGUAGGUGCCACAACGGCUAGUGCACCGUCGUCUCAUAAAAUCAAAAUCAAGUUUAAGAAUCGAACGCUUGAUAAACCAUGAGAAGGUUAACUGUAUGAAUCCUCCUUUCGUUUUUUUAAUUUUUAAAAAAAAAAAAAUAUUUUUUUUAUUUGGAUUUAGGGUGAAAGCUAAAAUUACUUGCACCGGUGAUUGAUUGUAAUAUUGCUUGCCAUUCUACCUCUCAUCUUCUGGUAUCGCAUUUUUGCUGUGAUUCAAUAUUAGCUAUCUUUUGAAAAUUUCAUCAA